AUGGAUGUAAAUUCAGAAGAUAUGUCGGAAGAAUCUGCUCGGUCCAGACUCGGUCACAUAAAUGAGAAUUUAUAUGUUGAAAACUCUAUCCUUCCCGUUGUCCCCGCAACUUGUGCUUUAUGCCAAAGAAUCCUUUUAUCUGAUAACGAGGCUGGUGAUCUUGAAGCUAUCAACAUAUGUGGAGAUUGCAAAUUUUUGUUUCUUGAGGAUCUCGAGACCACCACACCAGACUCAUACCCGAGGAGAACACUUGGACCAACGAGGAGAAGGUAUGACAGCUCUGAGUCAAUCGAUUCUAUGUUCUCCCAACAAUUUUCGCAAAUGAUAAAUCUGGCAAGGCAAAACCAGUCCACAGUUUUAGAGCAUGAUAAUCAGUCCGUAGAUGGUGCUGCAAGGUUAGUGCAGCUUACGAGUACUCAGACAACUCCAAGUGGGUCCAGUAGAUGGAGGAGGGUGUUUUCUGAUACUGAAAGUGAUGGCUUUGAUUCUUUCUAUGGAGAGGGUGAAUCAAAUGUCAGCUUCAGGAGAUACAGGCAUUUCCACGGUGAGGGCGAUACCAUUUCAUAUACCACUUAUGGAGGAGACUCUGAUGCCUCCAUUGAUGGUAACAGUCUCAAUGAAACUUUUGCCCAACCAGAUGGUGGAAGUGACCUAGAGAGUGAUACUGAUAUAGACCCAAUGCAUGCUGGUCUAUACCAGUGGAACUCAGAAGAUUCAGAAGAAGAUGAAGGUGAAGAUAGUGACUGGGAGGAAAAUGAUGUUGAGGGAAGCAAUGUUGAGUCCUCAAGAGCUCGAACUCUGAAUUAUGGCUCUUUGGGGUCAAAUGGGAGCAAUGCACGCAUAAAUUGGCACAGACAACGUUUUUCUCCUGAAUUUGACGGUACAUUUCGGAUGAGGGUUCCGGAGAGGACACAAACACAUACUGCUGACUACUUAACUAAUUUUCAAGAGUUAGAGACACAAAAUUAUGUUGGAAAUGCUGGGGAUUAUCUUGAUUCCAGAGGCUUUGAGAACCUGCUUGAGCACCUUGCUGGAACUGACUCUUCAAGAAGAGGAGCACCUCCAGCAGCUAUAUCCAUUGUAAAUAAUUUGCCGCGUGUGAUCAUUAAUGAAAACCAUGACAAGCUGGUUGAUUUGGCAUGCGCAAUCUGCAAGGAUUCUAUAAUUGUUGGCACUGUUGUAAACCAACUUCCUUGUUUUCACAUCUAUCACCCUCAAUGCAUUUUGCCAUGGUUGAGCGCACGUAACUCGUGCCCCCUUUGUCGAUAUGAGCUUCCAACUGAUGACAAAGAUUAUGAGGAGAAGAAAGGAGACGGAGAGAGUGGAUUUGGGAUGCUCCAUACUGAGCAGCGUGAUGUGAACGAGGAUAGUUCCUCAGACACUAUGGAUGAUGAUGCUGUAGUUGAUGAAGUUUCUCAAUUUUAUGGUGCUAGAGCAGAUGAGGAACUAGUGGAUAGAAAUUAUGUCGCGGAUAACUCUAUUAGGGAAAGUUCAAGAAACCGACGAUUCUUUCUUGCUGCUGCUGCUCCUAUUGUCAGUAUUGUAGGCAUUACUCUUAUGUUGUGGUUAGGAAAGCCAUUAAUAGAUGGAAGAUUGUGGUUGGAAAUAGUGGACUCUUGGGUUUGCGCAACUAACCUCAAACUUAUGUGUUCAAAGAUUUCCUCGUUGUCAAAACCUGCAUUUAGAAGUGUGACGCAGAUAAUUGCUCAUUUUGGCAGAGAUCUUCGUUUUCUUUUUCUACGUAAAGGAACAGCUAAUGCCUUGUCUCCACCUUGUGUUUUCCAUCUUAGGAUGCAGGUGAAAUAUAGUUCAAGUUCUGGCAGGUACUCAUGA